AUGCACCUGCUACACAACAUUGCAACACAGCUGUUGUAUAAAGUUACAAUGCAGUUGCUGUGUAAAAUAAAACUUUAUAUUCAGAGCAAACAAGCCCUAAACGCUAGUGCAGAAAUCAAACGUGAUAUAGAUGUGGAACAACAGAGAAUUGAAGAAAAUGAGAGGCGGAUGGCAAGAAUGAAAGAAGAAGCUAUAGAAGGUCUUGCAGCUAUUGAAAGAUUAGCCCUUGAAAACGCGGAUCUUAUGAAUGAGGAAAGUCUUAAAAUGGCUGGAGCAGAACUAGGGAAAGUUGCACUGCUUUUUGGAAAGAUUUUACUGUUCUGGGAGGAUUUUUCAGCAAAGUUAACAGCACUGAAAAACACACAUGACGGAGUCAAACUUCUCAUAGAGUUUGUAAAUGACCCUGAUCUAGCCGAAGAUAUUGACGACUCAGUACUACAAGUGAAAAAAGUAUGGAAUUCAUUUGGGAUUAUGUGUAGUUACUACGUUGACGAGAGCGUGAAACAACUCCCUGAGCUAUACGCUUUCAUGGCUGCUCCUGUGGAUCAAAGCUCUGUUAAAGAAUGUGGUGAAAGAAAAAAGGCACUCCUUGCGGCCCAUAGAGCUGAUAUAAGGGCACUUGAAAAGAAAAUUAUAUAAUCCUAAAAUGUCUUUGAUAUAAUGAUAUCCAUAUUGUAAAUAAGGAACAUGAACUUUUAUUUUCUCGUCAUUGUCUAAAACAAAGUGGUGUAUCGUUUGCAAAAGCAAGUUUGCCUUAAAAACUUCCGAUGUUAUGUAAAACUGAUAUUGUAAUAUAGGCACAAUGAGUUAAUGAGAAACUUUAUAAAUAUAGUGAAUAAGCAACAUCUAUUUGACAUGGAAACUUAAAUGAAACAUUCUUCUACACUUAAUUAGUCACACGUGUUUGUUAUGUAGAAUCAUAUAUAAAACCAUGUCAUUAAAGGUUACAGGCAAUAACAAUUGUCAUGAAAUCAAAUUCUAUUGGCUUUGAGCGAAAUUUAAUUUGUUCUAGCAUAAUUGUGCUUACUGACAUACAUUCAUUAUUAUAGUACCAAAUAAACUACGAGUUUUCAUGUA